GGACCUAGCCAUGGCCGACCAGCUGACUGAGGAGCAGAUCGCAGAGUUCAAGGAGGCCUUCUCCCUCUUCGACAAGGAUGGAGACGGCACCAUCACCACCAAGGAGCUGGGGACAGUGAUGAGAUCCCUGGGACAGAACCCCACUGAGGCAGAGCUGCAGGACAUGAUCAAUGAGGUGGACGCAGAUGGGAACGGGACCAUUGACUUCCCGGAGUUCCUGACCAUGAUGGCCAGAAAGAUGAAGGACACAGACAGCGAGGAGGAGAUCCGAGAGGCAUUCCGUGUCUUCGACAAGGAUGGAAACGGCUACAUUAGUGCCGCAGAGCUGCGCCACGUGAUGACGAACCUGGGGGAGAAGCUGACUGACGAGGAAGUGGAUGAGAUGAUCAGAGAGGCUGACAUCGACGGCGACGGCCAGGUCAAUUACGAAGAGUUUGUACAGAUGAUGACUGCGAAGUGAAGGCCCGGGCAGCUGGUGAUGCCCGUUUUCCUGAUCUCCUCUCGCACUCUUCUCUCUUCAACACUCCCCUGCGUACCCCGGUUCUAGCAAACACCAGUUGAUUGACUGAGAAUCUGAUAAAGCAACAAAAGAUUUGUCCCACGCUGCAUGAUGGCUCUUUCUCCUUCCUCCCGUCUCCCUCACGGCCCUCGGUUCCCUUUCGCCCUUCCUUCCACAAGUUCCAGGCCCUGUGCAUUCAUAAGAUGAACCCUGCCCCUCGGGGAGCCUCUGCCCUCCUCCUGCAGCCUGGGCAGCUCUCCUCCACUGCGGUCUGUUUCGUCUGUCCUCUUAUGUGGGUUGCUGGGGUGGCUGCUGGCCCUGUCCCAGCCCCGCGGGGGUGCCGCGCCCCCAGGCAAGGAGCAUGCCCGUCACUCCUGCAUGCAGCCAGCCCUGUGAUUCCGUGUGCAGAUCCCGGCAGCCCCGGGCAGGGGCCAGGAGGGGCGUGCAGAAGCACAGAGGGGUUGAGGAAUUGUGGCAUUGACUGGAGGGGAUGAGAAGGCCUUGGAAGCUGGCACGAUUUCCCCAUUGGAGGGGCCGGCUUGAAGGGGGAUGGACAGAGUGGACGGCACUCAGGUCCCGCUGGCUGCUGUUCUGGAACCAUCUGACUGGCUUUCUGAGGCGGGGCUGGGCAGGGGCUGCUCACUGGCCACUGUGCAGGUCGCCCUCGCCCAUGUCUCGCGGCGAUCUCGGCUGUUCUGUAAAUUACCUGGUGCUAACAUCCCAUGCCGCUCCCCUACGGCCCACCACCCGGGCCUUCUAGGUGUGGGUGUGGGGAUGGUCGCUCUGUAAUGUGCUGGUUACCCUAAUUCUAUUUUUUUUUCCUUUAUGUCCCUCAAAACUUUGAUUUUUGUUCCAAACCAUGCCAGGCCAGCCAAAGGGUGGGGAGAGGGAAGAUGAGCCCCACCAUACCCUCACAAGAACAAACCUGCAAUAAAACACUCGUGUUGGCCCGCUGCACUCUGCAUGCAGCCAGGGCGGCCUCUGCCUCCUGCUGCCUAUGCGCUCGCCGCUGACCUGGCCCUGGCCGCCUCGCUCAGCCCUGCCCCCGCCCUGCCUGCCCCCGCCCCAACCCCAGCGGAGAGCAUGAUCCGCAGCUCGCUUCUGACUCGCCUCUGGGACAAGUCAGUCAACGCGGACAUCAGUCUGGGUUCCUUUCUGUUCUUUUCAUCUGGCUCCCCCACCCCAGGUCAAUCAAGUGGCUUUCCCGGCACCUGCCCAGCUUUGGGACUCUUCUCUGCCCUCUGGCACCAGCCUUGGAGGGAGGGAGGGAGGGAGGGACAGGGCCCAGGGGGAGACCCGGCCAGGAGCUGAGGGCAAGGGCGGGUAGGCGUGAGGCUGUGGACACCCAGAAUGUUUGGGUUUUGUUU